AUGAAAUUCUUCAUUCCAAUCAUCGCGUUUGUCGCUGCUAACCUCUACGGCCUUUGGGGCAGCGUCCCACACACCACCAUUGGUCCAGUUCGCCGCACCUCCAUAGACCGAGUAUUCCACUUCUCAAUCCCUGCCUCCAUAGUGGAUGUCGCCAUGGACCAUAUUUUGCAUCAUGUCAGCCCCCCGUCCGCUAUACAGACCACCUCGUCGGCAUUCUGUGCUAGCUGGAAUACCACGCUUCAUUCCGAGCCAGACUUGUUUACUAUAAUUUCUGAUGAUCGCGGGAUUUGGAAGACCAAGCCAAUCAUGCCGGCAGCUGCCUCCAGUAAACCUCGCACUCCCAAUCAUUUGGCGACAUCGGACUCGCUGCUACGGCCGGUCGCUGAUACCGAUUUUCUGAUGCCGACACUGCUAGCUAUUAUCCUGGUGAUGGUAGUAUAUUUGGUAAUCAAACAAUCAGACGAAAUGCAUCGACUUCAAAUCAUACAACAGGACUGUAGCCAGAUGAUAUAUGGCACCUUGGAAUUAUUUGACAAGUUGAAAAGACUCGACCAGAACUACACAAACCUGCAUUUCCUAGGGAAUGGUCUUCUCAAUCAGUGGCGCACCAUGUGGGCCAAUGGGAAUCUCCAUACCAUAGACUUGAACACUCCUGCAUCCUACAUGAUCGACGGACAAAUAGCACAGACCCUGAAAAAGGUUGAAACUAGCCUCGGUUGUCUUUCCGAGGGCAUUUACAAGAACAAUGCAAUGUGGGAAGAGGCUGCCAAGCCAUUCAAGGAUUUUCCCCAGGAGCUAGCUCUCAUUAUGGCCUGGUACCUCACUUCGGGAUUCGUGGAGCCAAACGAUGAUUUUGGCGUGAAAUUGUCUCCCACAUGA